AUGAGCAAAAUUGAUGCUUCCCAUGAGGAGCUAAUUCCUCGAUGUGGCAACCCUUCGCUUACCUCUUACUUUCAAGACAUGCAUGUCGAUCCAUUUCUUAAGGAUGACAAUAGUAUAACCACAACGUCAUUAAACUCGAAUAGGAAAGUGAUCCGGCCACCUAAUCGGUUUGAGUUAACAUUAAAAAUCGGAGUUCUAAAAGAUUUAGACACACCCGAGUCAAUUGAAUAA